AUGGAUCCCUACGAAGACGAGAACCCGUUCUCCUCGGAUCCCCCGCUCUCGUCCGCCUCCUCGACGUCCCAUGUAGACGUCUCCGCCCCGCCCACCCCGCCCUCCCACCCCGCCCGCAUCCCCUCCUCCCCGACCGCCCUCAGCCCCCACUCGCCCACCGCCCGCCCGCCCUUCCCGUCCGUCGGCUCCGGCGUGUCGCGCCCCUCGACGUACAAGAGCGACUUCUGCUGCGUGCGCGACCAGUGGCUGCACUCGGGCGACGACGUCGAGAUCCUGAUCAUCGACGCUCAGAAGACGUCUGAGAACGCGACGUCGCCGUACAUCACCUAUGUCAUCCGCACAGGGAACGCGGAGGCGCGGCACAGGUACUCAGAGUUCGAGUCGCUCCGGCUCAGCCUGACCAAGCUCUACCCGACGCUCAUCAUCCCGCCCAUCCCGUCGAAGCAGACCCUCGGCGACUACGCGAUCAAGCAGGCAAAGGCCCGCGAGGACGCCGCGCUCAUCGCCCGCCGCCGCCGCAUGCUCCAGACCUUCCUCAACCGCCUCGCCCGCCACCCCAUCAUCUCCAACGAGCACGUCUUCCACCGCUUCCUCGACGGCGAGGUCUCGUGGACCGAGGUCCUGCACUCGCCGCCCCUCUCGCAGAUCCCGAAGAACAUCCUCAAGGCCCCCGCGCACAGCCCCACGGACCCAAACGCGUCGCCCGCGUACCAGGCGCUGCCGAACCCGUCCGCCGCGCACCCGCUGCGGCGCCCCGACCAGCGCUUCCUCGACUCGGAGGUCUUCACGAACAAGUUCGCGGCGCACAUGGGGGGCCCGAUGGAGAAGGUCACGCGCAGGACGAUGAAGCGCUGGUCAGAGCACGCGCAGGACCAUAUGGACCUCGGCGCGGCAUGGAACGGCUUCAGUCUGAACGAGACGGGCGAGCUCGCUGGCGCGAUCGAGAAGACGGGGCAAGCCAUCGACGCGACGUACAUGUCGACGACGCGCCUCCUGCAGGAGAUCGAGCAGAACUGGCAGGAGCCGCUGCACGAGUACUCGCAGUUCGCGGCGAUCAUCAAGAAGCUGCUCGUCUACCGGCACCAGAAGCACGUCCAGCUCGAGAUGACGCAGGACGCGCUCGAGGCGCGCCGCGAGGCGCUCACGGAGCUCGAGAAGAGCGAGCGGGAGGCGCGGCGGCUCGACGAGGCGCUCGGGCGCGGGCGCACGCGGGGACCGAGCGCCGCCGGAGCUGGGGCCGGGGCCGCCGCGCGUGCAGGGGCGGAGGGCGACGCGGGGGCGGGGGUGAGGGCGGGCGAGGGCGAGGGCCAGGAGGGCGCGGAGGAGCAGCAGGAGCAGGAGCCUGGGUCUGCGUUUCUGCCGCCGCAUCCGGGGCCGAACCCGACGCGGAGGCGAGCGCCGGGGAUGGGCCUGCUGAGCGCGUUGAGCUACACGCUGCAUGGGAUGAUGGACGCGGAUCCGGAGACGGCGCGGCGGAACGGGAUCAGCAAGACGCGGGAGACGAUUUCGCAGCUGGAGGACGCGCUGCACCUGUCUGCGCAGGACCUCAAGUACGCGAGCUCGACGAUCCAGGCGGACCUGGACCGGUUCCAGCGGCAGAAGGUGGCGGACCUGCGCGAGAUGGCGAUCAGCAUGGCGCGCGCGCACCGCGACUGGUGCAAGCAGAACCUGGAGGCGUGGGAGGACGCGAAGAGGGAGAUCGCGCGCAUCCCGGACCACCCGAAUCGCGCGCCGCCCACCGAGCAGGCGCAGGUGGGCAGCCCGGUGCCGGGGGCGGGCGCUGCGGGCGCGGGUGCGAGUGCUGGUGUGGGUGUGGGUGGGUCGGCGGCGAGGAGGGAUUCGACGGCUACUAUUAAUGGGCGGUGAAUGGGGCAGUUGGGCCGAUACACAUAUCACACGCGGCGCGGCGGGCUGCUCUUGCUUUCCUCUCCUCCUUACAUUUUUUUUGCUUUUAUUUCUUCGUUGUAUUCUUCUCCAUCUUUGAGUUUUCGAUGAAUGUGGAGUUUAAUGCCUCG